AAAUUUUGGAUUCCAAAAUCUUGUGGCGUGUCGUUGUCCUCCAUCACAAAUCAUAGUUACAACGGACGAAUCCUCAGGCAACGAAAGUGCGGUCUUCAUUGCACCCACCAAAUUCAUCGCCGACGAUGAACCGAUCCACAAUCCCUCCGUGCGGAGUAUCCAAUGAGCCAUGUCGACCGCCUCUUGAUCAGUCACGCGAAUGGAACGGUCGAUGCAAGAAAGGCCCGAAGAAAAAUUUCUCGUGAUCCGAUCCAAUCCUAUUCCUUCCGCGAGCGUGUCGUAUCGGUGUUUUCGAAGGUAUCGCUCCCUUUGUUCGACAGCAAAGGCAACGCCGUGCUCUACUUUGUGGUACAACGCACUCCCGGGUGGAUCGACCAACACAACUCGAACCUCGCCGUCAUUGUUGUUGUGGAUACGCUGUUCUUUCAAAUACGUGGCUAUUCCCGCAAUGGUCCCCCCCGUGCCACUCGACAUGACAAACGCAUCCAAGCUACGAUUUUGAUCGUAUAGUUGCCGCAACAAUUCCCGCCCCGUUUGUUGGUAGUGAAUGUCAAAGUUCGACAAGUUUUCGAACUGGUCUACGAAGACAGCGGAUAUCCCAAACUUGUCCCGAGCCAGCUUUGCCGCCUUUCGACCCAGGUUCACGUAAUGCUUUGGGUUCGAAAUAGAUGCGGUCGGAACCUCGUAUACAACGGCACCCAGCGACCUCAGUAUUCGUUGUUUUUCGACGGCCUGGUCGUCUGGCAAGACUACCAGGCAUGCGUGUCCUCGAGCUGCGCACAGCGUGGCCAAGGCUAUACCGGUCGAUCCGGAGGUGCCCUCGACGACGAGACCGCCGGUGCGAGACCGUUCGAGGGCUUGGAGAAUCAUGGUUUCCAGUCCGUUCUCUGCAGCCGAAGUCGGUACGUCUGCUGUGUCGUGGGUAUGUUCUGCCGUUGCGCUGGUUCCGUUGCCAUGAGAGGAACCUGACGGGACCGAUGGGCGCAGAAAAAGAGAGCUGUCAUAGUCCGUGCUGUUGGUUGGAACCGCAUCGGGAGGGGGCAAUGCUCCUUCAUUCUCUGCCAUGCGAAUCAUGUUCAGAGCUGCCCUGUCUUUGCCUGUACCCCCUGGGUUCAUCGAUUCCAUUUUUACAAAGACGGACCUCCCAAUUAAUUUUGUCACACGCUUCAACUCAAUCAAUGGCGUCCCUCCCUCGAUGAGUUGUUCGUGUGCCGUCAAUAUUGUUGACGUGCUGCUUCGUUUGUCAUUUCCUCUUCGCGACUGGCGCCAUUUUUGGAGUGCCCAAACAGUUGCUAUCGAUGCCGCUACCAACCCUACUCCGCCGAGAACCAAGCUAUUUUUUCGUCGAGAAAUCGACGCCAUAGCUGUGGAGAAUGUCACGCGCAGUAUCUAACUGAACACCCAGCAACCAGAAUAGAUUAUUCCACAAAUU